CCUACAGGAUGCUUCUGGAGGACAGAUCAAUCAUUCUUUAGUCCCUUACAGAGGGGAAAAAAAAUCCCCCACAAAAUGCCUCUUGAGAUGAACUAGAACAGCAUCGUUGUUUGGCUAGCUGGAUUUCAUAUACUACAAUGAAGAUACUGGUUUUCACUGGACUGCUCUCUCUUACCUCCAGUCUUUUCACAACAGCUUCAGAAUUUUCACUGAAUGGCUCUGCAAUUAAAACUGUGUCUCUUAUCAAGACUUUCCGUGGAAUUUCAGCAAGAGACUAUGAUUACAUCCCCCCUUAUGCUAUAGAAGGGGAGACAACGACUAUCCAUAUCAGAGAACACAAAUGCUCUUCAAAAAAGUCAAACGACUCCACUUUAAUAGAAGUGAACACCACCACGCUGGAGUACCUAACCAGUUCUUUGAGUACCAAGCUAAUACCCACUGUCUACCUCAGUGCUGUUUUACUGGGUGUACCAUCUAAUGCCAUCAUUUUGUGGAUGCUGCUCUUCAGGAUCCGGUCAGUGUGCACUGCCAUCCUCUACACAAACUUGGCAGUUUCAGAUCUGCUCUUCUGCAUCAUGCUGCCCUUUAAAAUAGUGUACCACAUCAACGGGAACAACUGGAUUUUUGGGGAAAUGCUGUGUCGAACUACCACUGCAGUGUUUUACGGCAACAUGUACUGCUCCAUUCUGCUGCUCACAUGCAUCAGCGUCAGCCGCUACGUGGCCAUUGUUCACCCCUUCACCUACAAGAGCCUGCCAAAACGUGCCUAUGCCAUCGCGGUCUGCGCUACCGUGUGGACAAUCGUCUUCUUGUACAUGCUCCCGCUUUGCAUAAUGCAGCAAAGCUAUUACGUGAAACAACUGGACAUUUAUACCUGCCAUGAUGUGCACAACACCUGUGAAACAAUAUCUUCUUUCCAGUUCUAUUACUAUGUUUCUUUAGCUACCUUUGGGUUUUUAAUACCUCUUGCAACUAUCAUUUUCUGCUAUGUCUCAAUUAUAAGAACACUCAAGACUCAUGAAUGGUUCUGGUACGUCAAAGUCAGUCUUUUGAUCCUUACUAUCUUUGCUAUUUGCUUUGUGCCAAGCAAUAUUAUCCUUAUUAUCCAUCACAUCAACUAUUACUAUUACAACACAGAUGGGUUGUAUUCUUUCUAUCUAAUUGCUUUAUGCCUUAGCAGCUUAAACAGUUGUCUUGAUCCUUUCCUUUAUUUUCUGAUGUCAAAAAUUAGAAGUCAAUCCAAUAUUUAUCUAACAAUGGUUAAAAUAUCCAGGGAAAAAUGAAUUUAGUUCUAUAUUUAUAUUAUUGGAAUUAUGAUUUUUUAAUAGUAUUAACCCAGGUAGCAACAAACCUCAGGUGCAACAGUUAAACUUAAAAAAUUAAAAAGUG